UAUUAAUUCAUGGAUGUAUGUUUAUUAUUUAUUUACUUUAGACUGUUUCAGAUAUCAAUCCAAGACCUUUUCUUGAAGAAAUCACAAGAAAACAGAUCAUUGUCAGAUUAAAAUGGGGAUGGGAAUUACGAGGUAAUUAUCAUCAUAUAAUAUUAGGGGUUUUAAAAAGCUCUGAUUAAUACAUGAAUUUACAUGUAAUUUUAUAUCUAUUAUUAUAUAGAUGUUAAAUACAGAAGAAUAUGUUGAUGGAAAAAGCAGAGGAAUUUUAGGCGAAGUUUUGGUUAGAUGUAACAAUGUUUUGUACAUUCGAUAAUGUCCUGAUGAAAAAUGAUCCUAAAUUUAUAUAAAAUGCAUUAAAUUUUAGAUAUCUGAC